AUGAAGAAAACUCCGAUUGUGACUCACAAUCAGACUUUGUCCAUCAGUUUCUGGCUUGGGAGCAUUACCGCAUUGAUGAUAAUACGAAGUACCGCAAACUUUUUCUACAAUAUUGACAAGCUUCACGAAGUUUCUUGCAAUUUGGGGUACAUACUUCCGUAUAUAGCUACUAGUUUAAAAGGCUUGGUAGUCUACAGAAAUCAGAAGGCCUUUUUUGAGCUUAUCAAUAAGGUCCAUGGUCCCAUCAAAAAGCUUAAGUACUCAUCUGGCAAGUACGAUGAUCUGACACCAUUCCCCAUGUUUAAAAUAAUCUACGCGAUCAAAUACUACGUUCUGGUUAUGAAUAUUAUGUGUGUUCUGGUCCAUGACCCAGUAGUCAUAGGAGUGAUCAGGUGGAUAAAGACCCAGCUAGUGGUGCUCCAGUCAAACUUCCGUGACUGUAACAAUUUUAACACACCUCGCGCCACUUUUUCGAUGUCCAGUGAAAAUUACAACAUCGCCUUGGACUACAAGUACUUUAAAACACCCGAAGAGCUACGAGAAAUCCAAACCUUCAUUCCUUUCGCUGAAGAGGUACGCGUCGACCAAGAUUCCUUCAUCAAGAGGUUCAAGCUGUGCAUGUUCCACUAUCGAUUAUCAAAAGGUAACGUGAUGUCUCAUAGCAUCAAGCAAAGAAAAGCAAAAGAGAAACAUGGGAAAGCCUGA